AUGCCGUCCACAUCAGUCCGCCGAAAGCACCGCAGUGGCAGUCCCAUCAUCGUGACCAUCCACCCUCGGUCACGCCAUGGCUCCUGGACUGCGACCGAGACUUCACCAUCCAGGUCAUCAUACCCCAGAGAGCAGCAUGUCUGGGCCAAUGUUCCGCACUACUACGAUGACGAGUCACCUCGUCUUCGACGCUCUACGGCCGACAGUGACUACGGCAGCGGAACUGGAGACUCUUCUUCGCGGAGGAGGGGCAGUAAUGACAGCACCGCCAGCUCAUCUUCUGUUGUUAGCAACAGCAGCAGUGGCCACGAAGAAUACUACUCCUAUGGCACGGAACCUAUUCGAUCGCUGCCUCGGCAAAGGCGGAGGCAGUCUGUGAGCAUUCAUCAGCACCACCCAAGACUUGACAACGACACUGCCUAUGCUGACGACACCACGGUGCUGCCGGUACCGCUGCCCUCGCCACCAGCCACACUGGAGGGCAGCGUGUCCGCAUACGGGACCGCCGACGACAGUGGUAGCAGCAACAGUGUCGACUGGGCGGCGCUUGUCAGGCAGGAGCGUGAGAGAGAGUACACGCGGCGGAGGCGUGUGCGGUUUGCAUUCACUUGA